AUGAUAUUACAAGAGAUUGACAAUAUGCCGCCCGUAAAGCGUGUAAAACGCGUUAGCAGCGCUGAAGACGAUGAUGAGGAUUAUAGAAAACGACGAGACAGAAAUAAUGAGGCAGUGAAAAAGAGUCGCUACAAGUCAAAGCAGAGAACACAAGAAACAUUUACAAGAGUUAACAAACUUAAAGCGGAAAACCAAAUGCUUGAAGAGAAAGUUAAAACAUUAACAAAGGAUCUGGAGUUUUUAAAGACACUUUUUAUGGAGUAUGCAUCUAAGUCGGAUUCAAAGUUUGAAGGAAUUGAUUUAGAAAAACUAUUAUCUGAAACACCAGAAGAAAAAGCAGGGAAUAGCAGUAAAUCUUAA